AUGUCCAGCCAUCCCCACGAUCUCAGCGACCCCAAUCGUCAGGGACAGUAUCCACCGCCACCCCAGUGGAACGCCUCUCAGUCCGAGGAUCCCAAUUCUUCUGCUGCCCAGUAUCCACCAGUGACUCAGUAUCCGUAUCCUUCCUAUCCUCAUCCCCCUCCUUCCACUGAGCCAGACCGUUCUGCGCCGCCGUAUCAAUAUCCUCCACCAUUGUCCCAGUAUCCGCCCCCCUCGACAAUGGCCGCCAUCCACCCGCAGGUCCAGGGUCCUCAAGACCCUUACCGUCUUCCUCCUCCUCCCGGCGCAUACCGUCCUCCCGACGUCUACUCCCAGCCGCCCCCUCCCCCCACGCAGGUCGUCUAUCAAGCAGCCGCUCCCCGACAACGAACGGCCAUUGCUUGCCGGUAUUGCCGUCGACGAAAGAUUCGUUGCUCCGGAUUCGAAAACUCGCAAGAUGGACGCUGCAACAAUUGUAUCCGUUUCAACCAAGAGUGCAUGUUCACCCCCGUGUCCUCCCAAGCGCAGGCUUUCGUUCCAGCACAUGCUGCCUACCCGCACCUGAGGAACGCCCAGAAUCCAGGUCGUGCUGGCGUUGUCCUCUACGGUGCCCAUGGUCAACCUCUGCCACCGCAGCAACAACCAGACGCUACCUUGCCGCCUCCCCAAGGAUUGUACCAGCAUCCGUAUGCCGCUCCACCGCCACCAUUGGAUGGCAGGGGCAUGCCUCCGUCCCUAGUACCUCCCAUGUCCCAAGAUGCCGCCGCCCGUCGUGGAUCAGGCACUGGCUUCGAAUAUCCCGAUCCAACCAACCUAGCGCCUGUGACCCCAAGUGUCUCAACACCGGGUUAUCAGACACACACAGCUCCCAGCCCGUAUUAUGCGCCCCCUCAACAUGACCGGCGCACGUCGCCUCAGACUCUUUACUCCUACGACGGCCGCCACUCUUCAUCCCCGCACGGCUCCCCAUAUCCGCCAUUGCAUACGCCGCCCCCUGUUACUAGCACAGGUAAUUCUGUCAGCUCUAGAGGUGGAAUGAACGUUCGUGACAUGCUCAACCCGGGUGAUCAGACUGGCCGAUCCAGCACAGAUAGCGACAUGCUCAAUGCCCUCAACCGCCGUGGCUUAAGCCAAUAA